AGUAAGUUGAAACAUUUGAAAACUUAAGUGGCAUCAGAACUAAUAUAGACUUGUUGGCGUCACCAGCCCUAAAUUCCAUUUCCGCCGCCCCGAAGAACACCGCCAGAAGCCGUUCGACCCCAUUCUAGUCCGAUAAAUCGCCGCCGCGGUGCGCGUGAGCCGCAUAAUUUGCCGUUCCGGCUGAUAAAUCGCUGCCUUUUAGAUUUUAGAACACGCCAGCCGCUAUAUGCCGGAACUCUGUCGCGGUGGCCCCCUUUCCGGUUCCACUAACCCCGCUCCGGCCGCUAUAACGGCGGUCCGGUGAACCAUGGACUCGUCCUUUGAGAUUUGAGAGUUGAGAGUGAUGGGAAGUUCAGGGGAACACAGUUCUGGAGAAGACACUGACAUCAGUGAUUCCGAGACUGAAGAGUAUACCGAAAAAUCGUAUGAAGAACUGAAGAAAGGUAAGCACCAGGUUAAAUUAUCCGAUCAAGCUUACACUUGUCCCUACUGCCCUACUAAAAAGAAAGCCUUCCAGUACAAGGAUCUCUUCCAGCAUGCAAAUGCAAUCGCCACUUCGCCGAAAAGAAACGCACGAGAGAGGGCAAAUCACCUCGCUCUAACAAAGUACUUGGAAACUGAUUCGUCUGUUGAUUCCGGCGGCCCUUCGAAGCCUGCUGGGAAAUUGGAUACUCUGGCGGACCAUGAUGGCGACGAGAUGUUCGUCUGGCCGUGGAUUGGCAUUGUUGUAAAUAUUCCUACCGACUUGAAAGACGGUCGCUAUGUCGGGGAGAGUGGUAGUAAACUGAGGGAUCAAUUGGCGAGGAGAGGGUUUAAUCCGACUAGAGUGCGGCCUUUAUGGAAUUACCAAGGCCAUUCGGGAACUGCUAUUGUCGAAUUUCAUAAGAAUUGGUCUGGGUUUACGAAUGCCAUGUCUUUUGAGAAAGAUUACGAGGCUAAUCAUCAUGGAAGGAAGAAUUGGCUAGCAAAGAACGAGAAGAAGUCGGAUCUUUAUGCAUGGGUUGCUCGAACAGAUGAUUAUAAUUUGAAUAACAUUGUUGGAGAAAAUCUUCGCAAGAUUGGUGAUCUUAGAACCAUAUCCGAUAUAAUGGAAGAGGAGGCUCGAAAGACGAACAAACUUGUGGGGAAUUUGACGAAUGUUAUUGAGGCAAAGAAGAUGCACUUGAUUGAGAUGGAGAGCAAAUUCAAGGAGACUGACAGCUCUCUUCGCCAGAUGAUCAUGGAAAAAGAUAAUCUUCAUCAAGCUUACAAUGAAGAGAUUAAAAAGAUAGAGUCGAGUGCCCGAGAUCAUUUCAAGAAGAUAUUCAAUGACCACGAGAAGCUGAAAUUUCAACUCGAAACUCAAAAAAGAGAUCUUGAGCUCCGGGGUCAGGAGCUGAUGAAACGCGAGACCCACAAUGAAAUUGAGAAAAAAAAGCUCGCCGAAGACCUUGAACAGAAUGCGGUGAAAAAUUGCUCCCUUCAAGCUGCUGCCGAAGAACAACGGAAGGCUGAUGAAAAAGUUAUGAAGCUGGCUGAAGAACACAAGAACGAAAAGGAGAAACUCCAUAAGAGAAUCAUUCAACUGGAGAAACAACUGGAUGCUAAACAAGCUGUGCAGCUCGAAAUUGAACAAUUGAGGGGUAAACUAAAUGUCGUGAAGCACAUGGGAGACGAAGGCGAUUUAGAAGUGUUAAAUAAAGUUGAUUUGGUGCUCAAGGCAUUGAGGGAGAAGGAAGGAGAGCUUGACGAUUUGGAAGCUUUGAACCAAACUUUAGUUGUGCAGGAGCGCAAGAGCAACGACGAGUUGCAGGAUGCUCGGAAAGAAUUAGUAAAUGGAUUGAAAGACAUGUCAUUGAAUUCUCAUAUUGGUGUAAAGAGAAUGGGGGAGCUCGAUAGCAAGCCAUUUCAUGAUGCAAUGAAGAGGAAAUACAACGAGGCUGAAGCAGAUGAGAGGGCCACAGAAUUGUGCUCCCUGUGGGAGGAGUAUCUUAAAGAUCCUGAAUGGGAUCCCAUUAAGGUCGUUACGAUUGAUGGUACACCUAAGAAUGUGAUAAAUGAAGAUGACGAAAAACUGAUAGACCUGAGGGAAAACUACGGUGAAGAAGUUUACAAUGCUGUGAAAGCAACUUUGUUUGAGAUAAACGAAUAUAACCCGAGUGGAAGGUACGUUAUUUCGGAAUUGUGGAACUACAAAGAAGGUAGGAGAGCUUACCUAAAGGAAGGAGUUGCUGUUCUACUGAAGCAGUGGAAAUUCUUCAAGCGAAAGAAGGGAAUGGAUUGACCGACUCUGUCGAACUGCGCUCAACGCCCACUCCUUUUUGGAAUUUCUAGCCUUUCCAUUUCAUGUUUCAAGAAAAAUAAAUCGAACUAUGUUUAUGUAUCCUUAGGGUAUGGGAAUUGAUCUACUACUAAAACUUAUGACUCCGACAUUGGUCGAUCUUGUGUAGCUAAUGAAAACUGAUGGUUCACUUCAUUUCUUA